AGUUGAUCAGACUGGAAGCCUGCAACAGGAUUCCCACCAACCAGAUGAUGAACUACAAAGAGUCAUCAAAAACAAGCACAAAACCAGCAUGAAAAUCAGAUAUGAGAGAUUAUUUGAGGGACUGAAACUCCAGAAGAAUAAAGCCCUCCUGAACAGGAUCUACACACAGCUUUACAUCAUAGAGGGAGAGAGUGAAGGAGUAAAUGAAGAACAUGAGGUUUUACAGAUGGAGAAAACACCCAGAAGACAACACUCACAAGACACUCCAAUCAACUGCAAUGAUAUCUUCAAAGCCUCACCUGAACCAGGAUGUGACAAGAAAGAUCAAAUCAAGGCUGUUCUUACUAAAGGCAUCGCCGGAAUUGGAAAAACCGUCUCUGUGCAGAAGUUCAUUCUGGACUGGGCUGAGGGAAAAGCCAAUCAAGAUGUAGAUUUCAUGUUUAUGCUUCCAUUUCGAGAGCUGAACUUAAUUCAAGAUCAGUCCAGUCUUCACAGACUUCUGCUGGAUUUUCAUCCUGAACUUCAAGAUCUGGACCCAAAGAUUUAUGAGGAGUGUAAAGUUGUGUUCAUCUUUGAUGGUCUGGAUGAAAGCAGAAUCCCACUGAUGUUUUCAGAUAAUCAGAAGGUAUCUGAUGUGACUGAGAUUUCAUCAGUGGGUAUGCUGAUGUCAAAUCUCUUGAAAGGAGAGCUGCUUCCUUCUGCUUUUAUCUGGAUCACUGCCAGACCAGCGGUAGCCAAUCAGAUCCCCCCCAAAUACAUUAACCGCCUGACAGAAAUUCAGGGGUUCAAUGAGUAUCAGAAGGAAGAAUAUUUCAGGAAGAGAAUCCGUGACCAGCAUCAAGCCAGCAGAAUCAUCUCAUACAUCAGAAGAGCAAGAAGCCUCCACAUCAUGUGCCACAUCCCCAUCUUUUGCUGGAUGUCAUCCACUGUGCUUCAGGAGCUGCUUAAAAAAGAUCUGAGUGCAGAAAUCCCUCAAACUCUGACUGAAAUGUACAUCCACUUCCUGCUGAAUCAGAUCAACAUGAGGAAUCGGAAGUAUCAAGAGGGAGAUCCAGAGAAACUCCUGCAGUCCAACAAAGAAAUGAUUGUGAAACUUGCUGAAGUGGCUUUCAAACAGCUGAUGAAGGGAAAUGUGAUGUUCUAUGAACAGGACCUGAUUGAGAGUGGCAUAGACGUCACUGAUGCCUCUGUGUAUUCUGGGAUUUGCACUGAGAUCUUUAAGGAGGAAUCUGUGAUUCAUCAGAGGAAAGUCUACAGCUUCAUUCAUCUGAGUGUUCAAGAGUUUCUUGCUGCUUUCUAUGUGUUUUACUACCAGGUGUCGACUACCAUGAAGGCAAUAAUUUUUUUUGCGCUACAUCAUUUGCUUAAAGGAGCAGUAGAUAAAGCUCUUGAGAGUAAAACUGGUCAUCUGGAUCUUUUCCUGCGAUUUCUGCUGGGCAUCUCACUGGAGUCCAAUCAGAGACUCUUACAGGAUAUCCUGACCCACACAGUGGACACCUCACAAACUAUUAGAGAAACAACACAGUACAUUAAAGAUAAAAUUAAACAGGAUCAUCUCUCUACUGAAAGAUGCAUCAAUCUGUUUCUGUGUCUUCUUGAAGUGAAUGAUCAGACACUGUACACAGAGAUUGAGGAGUUUGUGAGAUCAAACAAACCCUCAGAGAAGAAACUCUCUGCUGCUCACUGUUCAGCAAUAGCCUUCAUGCUUCAGUUGUCCGAGAAGGUGAUGGAUGAGAUUGAUCUGAAGAAAUACAACACAACACAGGAGGGUAGAAGAAGACUCAUACCAGCUGUCAACAACUGUAGAAAGGCUCUUCUUUCUGGUUGUAAUCUCAGUGGUGAAUCCUGUAAAGUCAUCGCUUCAUGUCUAGAAUCCUCAAACUCUCUGAGAGAGCUUGAUGUGAGUAACAAUGAUCUGCAGGAUUUAGGGGUGAAGCUGAUCUCUGAUGCUCUCAAGAACCCAAACUGUCAACUACAAAUACUGAGGUUAUCAGGUUGUAUGGUGACAGAUAAAGGAUGUGGUUAUUUGGCUUCAGCUCUGAGUUCAAACCCAUCACACCUGAGAGAGCUGGACCUGAGCUACAAUCAUCCAGAACACUCAGCACUUCAGCUGCGCUCUUAUCAAAAUGAUCCAGACUAUGCACUGAAGAUACUCAAUAUCGACCAUGGAGGACAUUACAGGAUCACACCAGGACUACGAAAAUGGUUCUGUGAUCUCACACUGGAUCCAAACACAGCAAACGGUCUUCUUAUUCUAUCUGAGGAGAACAGGAAGAUCACAUGUGUGGUAGAACAGCAGUCAUACCAGGAUCAUCCAGACAGAUUUAACGACUGUGAACAGGUUUUGUGUAAAGAGAGUCUGACUGGACACUGCUACUGGGAGGUCAACUGGAAUGGAUAUGCUUACAUAUCUGUGUCAUAUAAAGGAAUCAGCAGGAAAGGAGGAGGAGAUGACUGUAGAUUUGGAUGGAAUGAAAAGUCCUGGAGUCUCUUCUGUACUGUUGAUAGGUUCAGUGCAUGGCACAAUAACAGAAAUAUGAACAUGCCUGUUCCUUCACCCCCCUCUUCAAAAAUAGGAGUAUAUCUGGACUGGAUGGCCGGCACGCUGUCCUUCUACAGUGUCUCUGACACACACACACUCACACAUAUACACACAUUCAACACCACAUUCAAAGAGCCUCUCUAUGCCGGAUUUAACGUGUAUUCCUCAUCGUCCACAUUGUCUCUAUGUGGCGUUGACCAGCCUCCUGUGAAAAACACCUGAGACAUACACACACACAUUUUCAUACUCGUUCUGAAACGUGAAACAUGUUUUCCAGUAUUAAUGACAGUUACAGAAACUCUUUUAUAGUAAUAUAAAAGUACAGGAAAAAAAAUGAUGGGCGCAGAAUAUUGUUGCUUUUCACUCAACCAAUCAAUCCCCAUGCUAAUGGAGAAUAAUCAUUGAACAAAUCUAGUAAAUUGUUUUAGGUUGCCUUACUGAUUGAUGUGAGAGUUACAUGUGUGCUAUUAAGAAAGCAUUUAGUAUUUGGCAGAGGUGGGACCAAGUCAUUGUUUUGCAAGUCACAAGUAAGCCUCGAGUCAAAUCCCGAGUCAAGACAGACAAGUCCCAAGUUAAGUCCCGAGUCAAGACGGGCAGGUCCAAGUCGAGUUGCAAGUCCUCAAGUUUAAGCUUCAAGUCCUAAACAAGUCAUUAGUACUGUUUGCCAAAAUUAGUGUCUCUGUAUUAAUUACUACAGUAAAUUUAAAGUCAAUAAUAGUCUAUAGUAAGUAUAAUUAUAAAGAUGUAAUAAUUGUGUUUAAUGUAUGUAAUAAAAGUGUUUAGUUGAGGAAUUAUUCAUUGUUUGUGAACAAAUAUAGGCGUAAUUGAAUUUGUUGUAAGUCCACUGUUUCAUUUGUUAAUGAUUCAGUGAUUUUAAAGAAUCAGUUGAGUCGAAUAUUUAAUAACUUGCUAAUACGUAAUACAGAUGUUAUCACCACCUACUGGAAUAGACAUAGAUUUACUGAGAUAAUUGUUGGGUAUUAUUUAAAGUAUUUACAAAACAUGUAUAGUACUUGAUACGUUGGUACAGAACGUUAAUUACUGGGCAAAGAGAUUCAUAAAAUGAAGCGGAAAAGUAAAUAUAUAACAAAUACAUACAUAUAACAAUAGUUGUAAUGUAUACAAAAGUUAAAUAAAAAUAAGAAACCAUCAGUGAAUGGGUUUAGAAGAUGGAUUGGAUGAGUUUUCUUAUAGCUCUAUAUUAUUUUAAGUUCUUAUAGACUAUUCCUUCAACAAAUCCUAUUGAUAACUGUUACAUGUGUCUGUGACAUUUUAUAUUCUAAGUCCAAAGGUGGCGUUGGGGGGGAUUCCCAUUCCUCCAGAGUUGUGUGACGUCAUCGAGAAUUCCGGAUAAAUAGGCUGCUUCCUAUUGAUCUCGCGGGCGCCUCUUUCAUCGCCCCUUGGGGAUUAUUUUGUUUUUCUACGCUUGGGUUUAGUUUGUAACUUUGUAUUUUGGAUAUGUGAUAUUCUUUGUUGUUUAAUCAGUAGCGUGCACAUUUUGUUUAGUUAGAAAAAGCUGAGCGAGGGAAGCAGUGGUCUGGAAGACUACCCUCCGAGAACAGGUGUAGUCUGGCGUUCUGCUUUCUUAGCUUUCCUACUUGUGGAUUAAUAUUAUUUCUUUGUUCUUGUUCAUUAGAUUUUGUUUAUUCCUUUGUGAAUUAUCAUUCUUGGUUUUUUGUUUUUGUUUUUUUGGAUGUUUGAGUUGAAUUCCGUUAUUGGAAUAAAUGGAGGCGUCUUGAAAUUCACAUCAGACGUGGUGAUGACUCUUUUAUAUGUUUGGCCUGUAUUCUUUAUUUAAUUGUUUGAUUUAACAAGCUUUAAAAUGGUUAUAGGCCGUAACAAUAACAAAUUAUUGAAAUUUCAUGCUGUCACGGAGAUGAGCGCAAUUAUAGUUAUAAUCAUGGCGAGGCGCUGUCUUUGUUAUUCUACAUUCAAACUGAACUGUUCAUAUUUUAAUAAUUCUAGGGGUUGAGUUAAUUAUGUUGAGUUAUGAUUUAUAUGUCUUUUGGCACAAGCCUAAACUUAAGGUCGCCGUGAUUUUGCCAAGUAAGACAUAUUCCUGGAUCAACAUCUUUUGUUGAUCCUGGUUCAACAUUACAGUAAAAAAAUAUAGACUUAACCCAAUCCCUACGCCUACACCUAAUUCUAACCAUAAUUUAUUCCUAAUAUCAGAGGGAUAUGAUAGCUGAUUAGCAAGGGUGUAGAAGAAUCUGACUCUGCCUAAGCCUAAAACUGACAUUUCAUGAAAAGUUAUUCCUCAGUUCUGAUUGGUUGAUUGAAAUGUUCCAGAUCAACAAGGAUGUUGAUCCAGGAACAUGUUGUA